ACUUGGUCUCAGUUGCCAAAGAUCUUUUGCGCGGCGCGAUCGAAGAUCUCUCGGUCUUCCGUGCGGAUAUUUCUGGAACUGUUCCAGAUACUCUAAGUACCGAAAAUCGGGAGCGGAAUCGAAAAAAGCGAGCGGCCAAAUAUGUGUGCAAAUUUGUUUUGGCUCAGGCUAAUUGCCUGCUUAGUUUUGGCAACUGGCAGUGUCGUCUGUUUUGAGACACAACGUCUGUACAGAGUGGGCAGGAGGGUCGAGGGGGACCAGCUCCUGGUCAAGGAUGUGCGCCACUCCAGUCCAGCCGGUGCCGGCGAACUCCCCCAGGUGUUUUUCAAGUACGAAAUUCAGGAGCCCAUCAUUUGCAUCGAUAUCAUGUCGGAUGAAAACAUUUCGGCGGAGGUGAAUUUCAGCCUGGUAAAUCGCCUGGUUGUGGGCAAGGUCCAGCUGGCGGCCAGUAAGGAGGGUAACAACGAGACCACCCUGCCACCAAUCACCGAAUUCGAUGUGACCAUCAUGGUGUUUGGCCUCAACGAAAGCGCCACUAACUUCAAUCCCUCUCUGGUCAUCAAUCCGGAUCAACAAUUCGAGGGCGUGCUGAGCUCCUACGAGGAGACCUACUUGGAACCAGAUACCCAGUAUGUGGAGGUGUUCGACAACAAUAGACGGGAUGCCCUGGAGGUGGAUGAGGAGGAUAUGGAGGACAUUUCCGAGGAGGACAUCGAAAUGUACACAGACGCCCCCGAAGAAGACGGCUUCGAAAAGGCGGACAAGACCAUUACGAUUGGCAACAGGCAGGCGGGCGAUCAACUUCUAUAUGAAUUAUAUCAAACCUCUCCCGAUGACUCGGAACAGCCGAAGAACCGCUCAAUGAUUUUCUACUUUAUCGACACCUGCUCUAUAACCUACGUACAGUUCGACAUCUUUAAUCACUAUACCAACAGGAACACCUCAGAGGAGGAGUACACGCCACCCGUGGCGGAGUACAGUCACUACUCGAGAGGAACUCUGAAGGCGGUCAUAACGGACUUCAACUCGAAGAACCUCUUUGUCCAGAUGUACGUCUACGGCUAUCGGGGUCGCGAAGCGCCCGCCAGUUAUGUGCCCUUUUUGCCGCUCCCCCAGUGGCAGAGGUCCAUCCAGGAUUCCCGACCCGGACCGCCGCACCUGACACCGCUGCAGACGAUGCAGCUGCUCCUGCUGACCGGUCAAAUGACCACUCCCUCAGCGGGAUCCUACAACGAGAGCUCGGAUCGCGAGGAGCAGCGCAGCAUUAAGCCGGAGGAGAUGAUGCUGGAGAGGAUUGGCGAUGGGUCUGGCCAUGAUAACGAUGAUGACAAUGAGGAUGAGAAGAACUCGGCCCUGCGGCAGAUGAACCAGGGAAUGGUGGGUUGGCUGGGCCUGCUGCUCCUGAUCCUGCACAACUAGCGGGCGGCCGAGGGAAUCAUUAGUUAAUCCAUGGAAAGCUUUAUGAGUAGUCUUUAGUCCAACAUUCUGUGUAUUGUAUUUUACGAAAUAAACUUUUUGGCCUAAGCCAAGGCACACACACA